AUGCAGUCACCAGCGACACCGGCGUUCAGCACAGAUCGGCUUCCAACGCCCAGGCAGGUCACUGCCCAGUUGAGCCGAAUCUGCGAGACCGAUGUCGUGGCAGCAUGGCGCGAGCUCCGCUGUAUCCAAGAAGCCGCAAUACAAGCCAACGCCAUUCACUUCAACACCGUAAUCAGCGGAUGCCAGAAGCACUGCCACUGGCAGCUGGCGCUUCAUCUUCUUGGCAGCAUAGAGCGACAAGGCAUAGCAGCGGAUGUCAGGAGCUACAGCACGGCCUUGGCAGCUUGCAGCCGUGCUGAAAUGUGGGAGGCUGCAGUGACUCUCUUUGCCUCCUGCCUGGGUUCCGUGCAGCCGGACGUUAUCCUGGUGAGGGCUUCUGCAAAUUUUGGCGAACACGGCAAGAAGCAAAUCAACAAUCGUAGGAGGUCCACUGUAAAAGCCUUGCUUCACUUCAGCCUGGCAGGUGAGCUCGGCGAUCUCAGCAUGCGGUGCAGGCAGCCAGUGGUCAGCAGCGCUGGACCUCUUGCACACCUUGCCGAACUUACAGCGAGUGAGAUCGUCUACACCAACUGCUUCUCGGCCCUGGCACGUGGGGAGCAGUGGCAACACAGCUUGGCGCUGCUGCUCUCCAUGCCCCAGGCACGGCUCCAGGCCAAUGCCUUCAGCAUCAGCGCUUGCGUCAGCGCGUGCGAGACGAGAAGUGGCUGGUCGUCUGCCCUGCAGAUCUUGGAGCUCAUGCCAGGUUGGACGAUGCCCGCCUAUAAUUCAGUGCUGAAUUCGUGCGUCGCUGGUUCUCGCUGGGACCUGGCGCUUGCCCUCUAUGACUCCCUCAGAGCCGGAGAGAAGCUCUGUCCGACUUCAGUGACCUACACGGCGCUGAUGGGUGCGGCGGCACAGGCACAGCUUUGGAUCCUUGCGCUGCAUCUCGUGUCAGAGAUGCAGCUACUGCAGGUUCGCAGCAGCACCAUCACAUGGAACAGCUUGAUGGGCGUUCUCCACGGAGCUGAGCAGUGGCUGCGAGCUCUGGAAGUUUUUGCGCAACUGCCGAAGCUCAGUCUGCAGACUGAUAGUAUCAGCUUUGCCACAGCCAUCCGCGCAGCAGCAUCCUCCAGCAACUGGCACCUUGCAAUUGGCCUUCUUGCUGACAUGCCGAAGGCCGGAAUGGCUGUGGACAGAUUCGCCUGCAGCUCGGCAAUUCAAGCAUGCCACCAAGAAACGCAGUGGCGCGAGGCUCUUCGCAUGUUUGCAUCAGCAACAUCACAAAAAGUGGAGAUGGACUCUGUCGUUUGCACAGCUGCAAUUGCUGCAGCAGGGAAAGCAGGAUACUGGCAGCAUGCUUUGGCCGUGUUGCGGUUCAUGAGCAUGCAGGAUGUGCAACGAAAUGCUGUAGUGUAUAGCUCGGCUAUAUCUGCAUGUGCCAGAACGGGCCAGUGGCAGUUGGUUUUGGACCUUGUGCAAGAGAUGCUGGAAAACGGUUGCAGGAGCUUCUCAGUGUCCAAGUAUGACCACACGGUGCAAGCUGGCAGUUCCCUGGAUUGCUUCAAGCACACCGUCCUCGUUUCUUUGCUGCAACACUUCACCUCCAGUGCUGAACCUGUCCAUUUCGUUGAUACGCAUGCCGGGAGGGGCAGCUACCUGCUGGAUAGUUCCACAGUCUUGGCUUUGGCAUGGCUCCGGCCGCAAGACACGGCGACCGUUUUCGAGAUCUCCGAGGAAAUGUUUUCCGACCUAGCGAGCAAUAUCAGACACAUCAACCCAACAUGUCGGAAAGAGGCUAUUUGUGCGGAUUCUUACUGGUGGCUCCUGCACACAGACAUCCCAACGGGCAAGGCGCUCGUGAUGAUCGAUCCGCCAUGCGACCCUUACGACCUGCACAUGGCAUGGAGCCUUUUUCUGGUCCGGAAGUUGCGACAGGAGCGGCCUCAGUGCUGCAUUUUGAUGUGGUAUCCUUGCUUAGACACCCUUCAGACCUCCAACCUCCACGGCCAAGCUGCUUUUCUGAACACCGGUGAGGUCUUGGCUGCAGAGUUUGCAGUCGAAGAUCCGAGAACUGCAAGGGUGCGCGGGAGGGUCUUUCAACUUGGCGUCGGCGAGGGGGGAAAGAACGAAGAUGGCUGCGGUCAAGCGGCUGCCCGAAAGCCGACAGGAUGGGAUGACGCUUCGGAGGCCCGGGAUGGCCCCAAGUACCGCCGGGACUUCCUAGCUGAGCAGCAUGCGAAAGUUUGGAAGCUGCAGGAGCAGUUGAGCAGAUGCCAUGUGGAGAAGGAGCGCCAGGAGCAGCGGUUUGGUCACGUUCGAAGAUCACUGGCUGCAGCAAAGCAGGAGCUGAACACCCGUGGGCACGAGCGCAAACCAGGUGUUCGAUCCAGCCGCAAUAAAGAUUCAAGGCUCAAGGGGCAGGCUUCCACCUCGCUGGGCCCUGAUCGUGGUCCGCGAUUGGUGGCUGAACAGGUGUGCGUGGUUUGUGGCUGUUUGGUGCCCGAGCGCAGUGCUCGCUACUGCGCGGGGUGUCUGCCUGCGACACAGCGAGAGGCACUGGACCUUCGCAAGUCCGUUGGAAAGGGUCUCGCCACCCAGGCCGCGCUGCAGCGCAAGCUGGAGAUACAGCAGGAGGAGCGUACACAACUUGAGGUGAAGCAUACCGACUUGGAAGCGAAGCUUUAUGCGGCAGAGACUGGCCGGCCGGACAGCGAGUCGGAGGCCGCUCAGCAAUUGAUGGUCAUGCUGACUCAGCUCAAGACCCUGAAGCUCGACAGCGAGGCCCAGGCACGGCUGGAUGCGGAGCGUUUGCAGGCCCUAGAGCACAGAGAGGCUGUCAUUACGGCAGCGCACCAGGAAGCAGAGGCACGCUACAAGCAGGCGACCCGCAGGCACGAGGAUUUGCAGAAGCAGCUGGACAAGGGCAGAGAGAAGGCGGACAUGCUGCUUGGCAAGAUCAGCUCGACGUCGGCGUAG